GGUACCACUAACUUGUAAGAUCAGAAAAUGCUUAUAAAUUAAACUCAAAAGAAAAUCCAAAUAUAAGACUAAGAAGAGUGAAGAGAAUUAAGAAAAAUAUCAUGGCUAGUUUUGAUAUUCCAACAAUUGAUGUUUCUCCAUUUUUUAGAUCAGAUGAAAAUGGAGAAGGGAAAACGAAGGCUAUUGAGCAAAUUAGAGAAGCUUGUGUUAACUUUGGUUUCUUCCAAAUUGUGAAUCAUGGAAUUCCUUUGGAGUUGUUGAGCCAAACCAUGGAUAUGUAUAAGAAUUUCUUUGCUUGUUCUGAUGAAGAAAAACUCGCGGUACCUUCUGAUAAUUAUUUAAAAAGCACAAAGAAUUCAGUUGAGAACUUGGUGUUUCGUUUUCCAUUCUCUGUCGUGGAUGUCUGCCCCAACAAACUACCUCAUUUCAAGCAAGUAUUGGAUGAUAUGAUUUCCCAGUUCACAAAAUUAGGAGUUGUGUUGGAAGGAAUCAUAAGUGAGUGUCUUGGACUCCCUCCUGACUUCCUAUCAAACUACAGAAAUGAUCGUUCUCGGGACUCAUUGAUGGGCCUCCACUACUUUCCAGCGACAGAAGAUGACAACACAGGAAAACCUGCACAUGAAGAUCCUGGCUGCUUCACUAUUCUCUACCAGGAUGAAAUCGGAGGCCUUCAGGUGCACAAAGAUGACCAGUGGAUAUCCAUAGCGCCUUCCAAAAACAAACUAGUUGUUAACAUUGGUGAUGUCAUUCAGGUGCUAAGUAACAAUAAAUUCAAGAGUGCAACUCACAGAGCAGUGAGCCCAAGUGAAACAGACCGUUACUCGUACGCGUUCUUCUAUAACGUGCAAGGAGCCAAGUGGGUUGAGCCAUUACCACAAUUUACAGAGGAAAUUGGAGAGUCGCCAAAGUACAGAGGAUUCCUGUUUGAAGAAUAUCAUCAGCUGAGAAUCAAAAACAGGAGUAAUCCACCAGAUAGACCUGAAGAUCUCAUCCAUAUAACCCACUACUCAAUUUCUAAUUAGAGAAGACGUCUAUGUAGUGAAAAGUUUUAUCUAUAUUAUGGAAAUAAAGAUGUAUUACAUCACUCCUAAUAUAUAUGUUGAAGUGUGCGACCAUCUCAAUUAAAAAUUUAAAUUGUUAGAGGGCACACAGUUAUUUUCUUAAGUAUGUUAAACAUGUCUUUCACGCACAAGCCUGAUUCUAUGAAGAGGAAUCCUCAAUUUAUAGCUA